ACGGCGUGUUUCCGGUAAAACCAGGCCGAGAGAUAGCAGUAACAGUAAUCUAUGUAGCUACUGAAAAAGAAAGAACAGUAUAGAAAGAAUUGUCUACUUUGUUGGACAACGUCUGUUAAAUUUGCUAAACCUUUACAAAUAGAUAUUGAUUGGUCGUCGGGAAAAGAGGCGGCUGUAGCAAGGCAAUGGAAGCCGAGUUUCGGAAAAUCGAUGAACCCGGGAGUUGGAACGCCAUUUACCAGGAAAUCCGUCAGCAAUCAAGUGAGCUGCCCUGCAAACUUGCCAAAUUACCUGAAAACAAAACUCGGAAUCGCUACAGAGAUGUCAGCCCAUUUGACCACAGCAGAAUCCGCCUGCAACUGGGUGCGAACGACUACAUUAACGCCAGCCUAAUUUCUGUAGAAGAGGCACAGAGAAGCUACAUUCUUACUCAGGGACCCCUUCCAAACACAUGUGGUCACUUCUGGGAGAUGGUUUGGGAGCAGAGGACCAUGGGAGUGGUGAUGCUGAACCGUGUCAUUGAGAAAGGAUCUGUGAAGUGUGCACAGUACUGGCCACCUAGAGAGGAGAGGGAGGCGAUCUUUGAAGACACAAAUUUCAAGCUUACACUUGUUUCAGAAGACAUUAAGUCCUACUACACUGUCCGUCAGCUGGAGCUGGAAAAUCUGUCGACUCUGGAAACUAGAGAGAUCCUACAUUUUCACUACACCACCUGGCCUGACUUUGGGGUGCCCGAAUCUCCAGCCUCCUUCCUCAACUUCCUGUUUAAGGUGCGGGAGUCUGGGUGCCUCAACUCUGACCAGGGGCCUGUGGUGGUGCACUGCAGCGCAGGCAUCGGCCGCUCCGGAACCUUCUGUCUCGUCGACACCUGCCUCUUACUGAUGUCCAUGCGCAAGGACCCGUCAUCUGUGCGCAUUCGUGACAUGCUGCUGGAGAUGCGACGCUAUCGGAUGGGCCUGAUUCAGACCGCUGACCAACUCCGAUUUUCCUACCUCGCUGUUAUUGAAGGUGCCAAGUGCAUCAUGGGAGACGCAUCGUUGCAGGAGUCGUGGAAAGAGCUCUCCAAAGAAGAGGAUGUUCCUCCAGAGUUCACCCCUCCCCCGCCCCGCCCCCGACCACCAGGUCUAAUCAACGGCAUGGUUGAACCUUCCUUCUUUCCUGAGGAGAUUGUUGUUGAGCAGAACAAUUCCCACACUCGCAGUGCCCCACCAGAAACUGAACUGCGAUGGAGGGGCGGUGGUGAUGGUGCUACCUUCCAGUCUCCCACUGUCCCCACUGAUCAACCUGGCGGCCAGGUGGGAAGCAAAGAACCAGAUCCCAAAGCUCUGAUGGAACCACACCGACUGCAUGAGACCGAAACUCAACAGGGGCUGAACCAGGACCAGGCAGCAGCAGCAGGAGAUGACAGCCCUGAGGCUCAGGGUGCCUGGACCCCCCUGCUGGCCAACAUGUGCCUCUGCACUGCCCUGGCCCUGGGUGCUUACGUCUGUUACCGGGCCUGUUUCCACUGAUCUCCUCUACCCUCCUCCCUCUCUUGCUCCUCCCUUUCUCGUGUCUGUUUUUUUGCAGGGUGAAUUAGGCUGACUAGCCGGCCCUCUCUGCCUAUGGGUUUACUCUGCUGGCUGAACGAGUGGAUUGUUUGGACUUCAGCAAAUUGAUUGAUUCAGACUCACUCACUCGUUUUCUUUUAUAAAUGCAGAACAGGGGUGUGGGAGGAAAGGACUUUCCCUCGUCACCCACCGUAGCUCCCAUAUGAACUGUCAGUUUGGACUCUCAGGGCCUCAAUUUUCAGGUGUCAAAUCCCAAAUACAGGUGUUAAUUUAAAAACAAAUGAGUAAACAAACAUUUUUUUUCUUUAUAGCCGUCAGUAAAGGAAGGUAUGUGUUUGUUCCUGUGUCCUGUGAGCUGAAUGGUCUACUAGUUGACCCUACCUACACGCAUGCACCCUCCAUUCAGUUACCAAAUGACACACGCAUAAGUGUUCUUCCAUUUCAGCCUUUGCAAAUAAUGUCCAUUGGCUAUUCACCUUUCUCUACCAAAUAGUUAUUUCAUUACAGCACUUCAAAAAAAAAAAUUGGUCAGGAGGAGUUACUCAGUGCUUGAUUUGUGGCAACCCUGCAGUGCCAACGUAAUGAAUUGCUGCAGAGACGUUAGUAAAAAGAAAACAACCAAACCUCUCCUUGAGAUGAUGGGGCAGUAUUAUACCCAGGAGUAAGCUGAGGCUAGGGGCUGGCCACUGUCCGAGAGGAAGACUGCCCUCCCCGCCUUCCACUGGUUGAGUGGUGCAUACAGUGGGUCAUUUACAGGCCAUAGGAGAGCUCUCUACCACUGCCCCAUUUAGGGCCUUUUGGCUAGAGCUACAGGAGUGUGUGUGUGUGCGUGCGAGUGUUUAGUGAGAGUUAACUGAGCUUUCUACUGAUGCUUGAUUUCUAUCUGCUGUCUUCGUGGAAAACAUCACAAGUUAAUAAUAUAAGUCAUUUGAAAUGUAUUCUAGAUUGUUUCCUGUUCCUUGACCCUGCCCCCCUUUUCCUUGUACCACGUAUUCAUUCCUAACUUGACAUUUAAACAAGAGUGUCUAGUUGAUAAUGUGCUUUGAAUGGAAGUGCCGCACACAUGUAUUGAGCUGUUCUGUUUGGCCUAGUUUGAGACGCUGUGUUCACAUUUAGCCUGUUUCAAAAAGUGGUUCCAGCUAACGCUGAUGUACAAAUUCCAAAAUCUGCUCUAAAUGAGUCUCCAAUGAUUUCACAACAUAAUUUGUUGUCAAACCUAUUAAAUAUCAUUCAGGGAUAGUGACUUCUUGCUGUCACCACAUUGGAUGAACAAUGCAGAGGCUUUUCAUGCUAAAGAAACAAAGUGAAUGUGUAAGGAGGAGGGUAAUGCAUCAGGUGAGCGUUGCAUAGUUAUUAAAUGUCUAGAGCAGGCGUCUGAACACAGGAGGCUGUAUUAACGCACAAAAAUGCCAGCGCAGCCUACUAUAUGGAGACACACAGACAGCAGCUAACCCUACUCUCCCUUCGCUAGCAAUACAAAUACUUUAUAUUGCCCUUUAUUUUCCCCAUCCUCUGACAGCUAAACCCAUCCUGCCUGUAUGGACAGGGAGCCUGGGAUCUCAAACCAACCAAACUACCAACCAACACCAGCACACAGAAUAAAUAAUUGUAGUGAUGAUCAGUUAUAUUACGUUAUGGCAUGGGCCUGUGCUGUCAAGUUUGUUGUUAUUACUUUUUUCCACAUAGACAUCCUGCAGUUUUGAAUAAACAGGUUUUUUAUGAGAUUAGUUCAGCUGCUAGCAUUCAAUUUACUUUAGUGGCUCAAAAAGAACUACGUACUUCCUGAGUCCAACAGCUGUACUUUUUCUCUAGAAUGUAUGAAAUCCUACCCAAGGACACACCCUCUUGAUACUUUUUUCAGACCAGGUUUCAUUGUGCCGUCUUUUUUCCGCAUCGGCAAGUAAUGAUGAACUCACAGUACCUACCUGGGCAGCCUUGUUCUUGGCCGGACGUUCCUGUUUUUCUGUACUUAUGGUCACAAACCAUUUGUCUUUUUUAUUUACAUCCAUCAUUUUAUUUCUUUUUUAAUAAAUAAAAAUGUACUGCUGAUUUGUUCUAGCUUUUGGAUCGGAGUCAUGUUUAAGAUUUUAUUUUAUCAGACUGAAUUCUGAACAAAAGGCUGUGGUAAUAAAAUCAGUGUCUCUA